AGGCACUUCCCUUCAUGGACAACGUAAGAACCUCGACUCUUCUUUCUCUUGUGCCUGUGCUCGUGCUUUGAUGCACCCAACGCCAUAACGCAGCCAUGGCCUCCGAUCAUGGCCUUCCAGGCGCACAACUUGACCAGACCCUGGCUGACUUACAUAUCUCUCCGGAACAGCUCACGGAUAAUGACAUGCUCGUCGACGAAUAUGAGCAGUAUAAUAAUGACCGAACAGACGUCGUCGUCGUCUCCCGUUCGGGCUCCGAGGAGCCUGAACCGGAGCCUCUUGCGGAUGACUAUGAAGCCAUGAUGGCGCGACUGCUUCCCAAAGACCCCGACCUCGAGACACAGGACGAGGCAUACCAUACAUGGCACAUUCAAGAUUGGCGGAAGCUGAAACGGAAGGAGCAUGGUCCGAUCUUCCAGUGCGCAGGAUUCCCAUGGAGGAUUUUGUUCUUCCCUUACGGAAACCAUGUUGAACAUGCAUCUUUCUAUCUGGAGCAAGCGUGGGAGAAGGAUCCUCCGGAAAACUGGUACGCGUGUGUGCAGUUUGCCCUCGUGCUAUGGAAUGUGAACGAUCCUUCGAUAUACGUCUCGCAUGUCGCAACGCACCGAUAUAAUGCCGAGGAGGGAGAUUGGGGAUUUACGCGCUUUUAUGAACUCCGCAAACUUUUCAACACGCAGUGGGAAGGCCGGGGGGCCACGCUGGUACAAAAUGACGAGGCCAAUGUCACUGCUUACGUUCGGGUCGUCAAGGACCCCACGGGUGUUCUGUGGCACAGUUUCCAGAACUACGAUUCCAAGAAAGAAACCGGAAUGGUCGGACUGAGGAACCAGGGUGCUACGUGCUACCUUAACUCUCUCCUACAGUCUCUGUACUUCACCAAUGCUUUCCGGAAGGCCGUGUAUCAGAUUCCUACGGAACAGGAAGCGACGAGAGAAAACAGCGCGUGGACCUUGCAGCGUCUGUUCUAUAAUCUGCAGACGAGCGAUAAUCCAGUCUCGACCACAGAGCUCACAGCAUCAUUUGGUUGGGAAUCACGGCAGAUUUUCGAGCAACAAGAUGUACAGGAGCUCUCAAGAAAACUUAUGGAGAGGCUGGAGGAGAAGAUGAAGGGCACCCCUGUCGAAAGUGCGCUUCCGGAUCUGUUCGUCGGGAAGACCAAGACAUACAUAUCUUGCAUUAACGUCGAUUAUGAGUCUUCACGGGUGGAAGAUUUCUGGGACAUUCAACUCAACGUGAGAGGCAACAAGACGUUGGACGACAGUUUCCGAGACUACAUCCAGGUGGAGACUCUGGAAGGUGAGAACAAAUACGACGCUGGUCCGCCAUAUGGCCUUCAAGAUGCCAAGAAGGGUGUGAUUUUUGAAAGUUUCCCGCCUGUUCUGCACCUGCACUUGAAGCGAUUCGAGUACGAUAUCAACCGUGAUGCGAUGAUGAAAUUGAACGACAGACACGCCUUCCCAAUGGAAUUUGAUGCGACCCCGUAUCUCUCAGAGGACGCGGACAAGUCAGAGCCAUGGAUCUACCAAUUGCAUGGAGUGCUCGUGCAUAGCGGAGAUUUCAAUGCGGGUCACUACUACGCCUUCUUGAAACCGAACAAGGACGGUAAUUUCUUCCGGUUCGAUGAUGAUAAGGUAAUCCGUGCCACAGAGAAGGAAGUUCUUGAAGAGAACUACGGUGGCGAGUACGACCUGUCGAACGGUGCUGUCGGCGUUCGCCAACCCUAUGCCAGAGGACUGUCUACCAAACGGUCAAUGAAUGCCUAUAUGUUGGUAUAUAUCAGAAAAACGAGAGUGGAUGAUGUUCUCGUGAACAUUACGAAGGACGAUGUCCCUUCUCAUAUCGAGACGAAACUGGCUGAGGAACGCGCGGAGCUGGCCCGCAGGAAAAAGGAGAGAGAAGAGGCCCAUCUCUACAUCAACAUUGGUGUUCUGGAUGAAGAGUCAUUCAGGACUCAUCAUGGCUUUGACUUGACGAGCGUGGAUCUUCCGCCGGGCGAUCCAGCGCUACCAAAACAGUACCGAAUCCUGCGAGCAAAGAAAGUCGGGGAGUUUGCACAGCAACUAGCUGAGGAGAAAGGUCUCAAAGCCGACCAGAUCCGCUUCUGGGUGAUGGUCAACCGCCAGAACAAGACAACCCGUCCAGACCAGGUUAUCAAGGAUUCCGAAAUGACCGUCGAGGAUGCUUACAACAGAUAUGGCACAAAAGGAAACCCUUUCAGGCUUUGGAUGGAAGUUGGCGAGCCCUCUGCGGACGGCACAGUCGUCUGGCCAGACUUGAGCGCCUCAGUUCUCAUAUUCCUGAAGCAUUUCGAUGUUCCCAGCCAGACGUUGACCGGUGUUGGCUCGACCUACGUUCGCAAGAACCAGAAGGUCGGCGAUCUGGCUCCUGUCAUUUUGGAGAAGAUGAACUGGCCUGCGGGCACUGAAUUUUUGCUUUUUGAGGAGAUCAAGCAUACGAUGGUCGACCCGAUGAAGCCGAAGCAGACAUUCCAGCAGUCAGAGAUCCAAGACGGUGACAUCAUAUGUUUCCAGAAGUCAAUAAAGGAAUCCGAACUGCCUCCAACUGCCAUCUACACGGAGGCUCGGCAAUAUUACGAUUAUCUUCUCAACCGGAUGAACGUCAAAUUCGCCCCGAUCAAAGGAGGAGAAGGAGAGGAGUUCAGUCUCACUCUGAGCCGAAAGAUGACCUAUGACCAAUUCUCGAAGAAAGUUGGUGAACAUCUUAAUGUCGAUCCGACGCAUCUGCGCUUCGCGCCCGUCAUUGCAAGCACUGGAAAGCCGAAGCAAUUCAUCAAGCGGAGUGCCAACCAAACCCUGUACCAAAUUCUUAACGGCCAGUAUGGUACUUACGGGUACAGCAUGCAUCGGCCUGAUGCCUUGUAUUAUGAAGUCCUAGAGACCAGUCUGAGCGAAUACGAGACAAAGAAAGUUCUGAGGGUUUCCUGGCUUCCGGAAGGCAUCAGCAAAGAACAAACAUUUGAGCUACUGGUUCCUAGAAAUGGAAACAUCUCAGACCUGCUGGCCGCACUCCAGAAGAAGGCGGGUCUCGAUGAGGAGACUAUCCAGGACGUCCGAGUCUACGAGGCGCACAGUGGCAAGAUCUACAAGGAGCUCAGUGACAACUUCAGCAUCGCUGGCAUUAACGAGUUUGUGACAUUGUAUGCGGAGAAGGUUCCGGAAGAAGAGGCCAAUAUGCAGGAAGGCGAACGGACGAUCAAUGCAUUCAGCUUCGACCGCGAGCCCAACAAGACCCAUGGAAUUCCGUUCAAGUUUGUCGUGAAGCCUGUAAGUGCUGCUACAAAUUCCUGGCAAUGUACAGAUUCUCACACUUCGCAGGGAGAGAUCUUCAAGGAGACAAAAGAACGGCUCUCGAAACGGACAGGAAUCAAGGGCAAGCAGUUUGAAAAGAUCAAAUUUGCUGUUGUCGCUCGCACAAUGUAUUCGAACCCAAGGUAUUUGGAAGAUGACGACAUCCUCUCGGAUGUGGCUACCGAUCCCGACGAUCUUCUCGGUCUCGAUCAUGUAAAUAAAAACCGGAGCUUCUGGAACAGAGGUGAAUCUUUCUUCAUCCGAUAGAUGCUUUCUGGGACAUGGUGCCGUGGCGAGCAAGGGGGCUGUCUUUUGUUGCUUAUUGGCACACAUUCUACUGGAGUUAGACAGGUCAAAAUGUUAUAACGGUGGUGACCAGCUGAACGACGUGGACGGUCAUGAACAUGCCUCCCUAGCUAUUUGGUCACGGCAAAUGGAAAGACAUCAUAACGUCAUGGACAUUGGCAGUGGCAUAUUCUUGUCUAUUCUUUUUUCUUUCUUUCUUUCUUUCUUCCACUGUUUGUCUUUGGUCUCUUCAUCUGGGGGUGAGGUCAUUAUUGGUUCCGAAGUCGCGUCAGCGUCUCCAGCAAAUUAUGUAGAAGGUACUAGCACGGAAGCAAUGAAAUCUAAAAAUGGGUCAAAGUUAGAUUUGUCCUUUCUAUCUUUAUUACUUUUGCCCUCUUGUAACCAGCCAGUUAGUUAACUAGUUAAAUGCUUCG